CAGCAGGUGGGGCAGGCAAGCAGCGCCAGCGCGGGCGCGCGGGGGCCGGAGAAUGCGGUGGAGCGCACGUCUCGGCGGUGACCCGGUCGCCGGCCCAAACAUAGCCGGCUGCUUAAACUUGGCGCGCCGGUGGCCACCACAUAAUUAACCCGCCAUUUCAACCCCCCUCCCUCCUCCCUCUCCUCCGAUUGGGCCCACCAACCAGAGAGAGGGUGAGAGGGCCCCCCCGCCACCGUCAAUAACCCCACCCAGUCAGCGUGCCGGCGUCCGGUGCUGCUCUGCCACCGCCCUCCGGUGCCGGUGGUGCUGACGUGCACGCUGGACUAGCAAGCGCUGCUGCUGCUGCUGGUGGUCGAGCUAGUACGUAGCACACCAGGCCAGCCAUGUCGCGCCGCGGGACGCUCCCGCCGGCGCUGCUGCUGCUGCUGCUGCUGCUGCUGCUGGCGGCGGCGGCAAUAACCACCGUGUCCGGGCAGGGCCGGCCCGUGACCGAGAGCGGCGCGGAGACGCCGCCCACGCCGUCCAGCUUCACGCCCAAGGACAGCUUCCUGAUCGACUGCGGCGGGACGGCGCCCGUCACCGCCGACGGCAAGUCGUACAAGACGGACGCGCAGGCCAACCACCUGCUCUCCGCCAGCGACGCCAUCCGCGUCGCCGCCGACGACAAGGCCGGCCUGCCUUCGCCGCUGUACGACACCGCGCGGGUCUUCAAGGAGGAGGCCGUCUACAGCUUCCCGCUCACCGUCCCGGGCUGGCACUUCGUCCGCAUCUACCUCUUCCCCAUCAAGGGCGGCGACGUGGACCUGGCGUCCUCCACCUUCAGCGUCGUCACCGACGACAACGUCCUCCUCCACAGCUUCACCCCGGAGAACAAGCCGGUGAUGAAGGAGUACGUGAUCAACGCCACCGAGAACCACCUCGCGCUCAAGUUCCAGCCGCUCAAGGGCUCCGCCGCCUUCGUCAACGCCAUCGAGGUGGUGAACGCCCCCGACGAGCUCAUCACCGACUCGGCGCUGGCCGUCCAGCCGCUGGGCGAGAUCACCGGCCUCGUCCACGACGCGUACCAGGUCCUGUACCGGAUCAACGUCGGCGGCCCCGCCAUCGGCCCCGCCAACGACACGCUGGGCCGGCGGUGGGAGACCGACGCGUCCUACGUGCAGACCAAGGCGGCGGUGAAGGACGUGUCGGUGCCCACCAGCACCAUCAAGUUCCCCGACGGCACGUCCCGUCUCGUGGCGCCGACGCUGGUGUACGCCAGCGCCGCCAAGAUGGCGGACGCCGACGUCGGGAGCGCCAACUUCAACCUGACGUGGAAGGUGGACGUGGACCCGUCCUUCAGCUACCUGGUCCGCCUCUUCUUCGCCGACAUCGUCAGCAAGGCCACCAACGACCUCUACUUCGACGUCUACAUCAGCGGGCGCAAGGCCGUGUCCGGGCUGGACCUGUCCACGGUGACCGGCGGCGAGCUGGCGGCGCCCUACUACAAGGACUUCGUGGUGAACUCGUCGUCGCUGGAGGGCGGGGACGGGAAGCUGAGCGUCCAGGUUGGUCCCAUGGGGCAGGACACGGGGCGCAUCGACGCGCUGCUCAACGGCAUGGAGGUGCUCAAGAUGAGCAACUCCGUGGGCAGCCUUGACGGCGAGUUCGGCGUGGACGGGCGGAAGGCCGACGACGGCGUCGGCGGGCGGAAGGCGGUGGCGGCCGUGGGUUUCGCCAUGAUGUUCGGCGCGUUCGCGGGGCUAGGCGCCAUGGUGGUCAAGUGGUACAAGCGGCCGCAGGACUGGGAGCGACGGGAGAGCUUCUCGUCGUGGCUGCUCCCCAUCCACACGGGGCAGUCCUUCACGACGGGGAGCAAAGGCGGCGGGUACGGGUCCCACAAGAGCGGCAACACCUUCUCCUCCACCAUGGGGCUGGGCCGCUUCUUCUCGUUCGCCGAGAUCCAGGCGGCGACGGGGAACUGGGACGAGAAGAACAUCAUCGGCGUGGGAGGGUUCGGCAACGUGUACGUCGGGGAGAUCGACGACGACGGCGGCACCAAGACCAAGGUGGCGGUGAAGCGCGGGAGCGCCGAGUCGGAGCAGGGCAUCAACGAGUUCAACACGGAGAUCCAGAUGCUGUCCAAGCUGCGGCACCGGCACCUGGUGUCGCUCAUCGGCUACUGCGACGAGAACCAGGAGAUGAUCCUGGUGUACGAGUACAUGCACAACGGCGUGUUCCGGGACCACAUCUACGGCAAGGAAGGGGUGGCGCCGCUGCCGUGGAAGCAGCGGCUGGAGAUCUGCAUCGGCGCCGCCAGGGGGCUGCACUACCUGCACACGGGCACGGCGCAGGGGAUCAUCCACCGGGACGUCAAGACCACCAACAUCCUGCUGGACGACAACUUCGUGGCCAAGGUGUCGGACUUCGGGCUGUCCAAGGACGGGCCAGGGAUGAACCAGCUCCACGUCAGCACCGCCGUGAAGGGAAGCUUCGGGUACCUGGACCCGGAGUACUUCAGGUGCCAGCAGCUGACGGACAAGUCGGACGUCUACUCCUUCGGAGUGGUGCUGCUGGAGGCGCUGUGCGCGCGGCCGCCCAUCGACCCGCAGCUGCCGCGGGAGCAGGUGUCGCUGGCGGAGUGGGGCAUGCAGUGGAAGCGCAAGGGACUCAUCGAGAAGAUCAUGGACCCCAAGCUCGCCGGAACCGUCAACCCGGAGUCGCUGGCCAAGUUCGCCGAGACGGCCGAGAAGUGCCUCGCCGAGUUCGGCAGCGACCGCAUCUCCAUGGGGGACGUGCUGUGGAACCUCGAGUACGCGCUGCAGCUGCAGGACUCCAACCCGCCCGAGGGAGCGGGGGAGGACGCCUGCGAGGGCGGCGGAGGCGGCGGCGGCGCCGUCGUCCCCGCGGCCAGCGCCUCGGGCGGCGGCGUGCCGGACGCGUCCACCACCGCCGCCGGGGAGCUCUUCCAGCAGCUCGCCGACAUGCAGGGGAGGUGAUCCAUCGACGAUCGGCCAGCCAAACCGAUAUGAUCGACACGCACGCACUGCACAUUGUAUACGUGGCAUGGCAUGGCAAUCUGACUGACUCAACUCAGCUCAUAUCGAUGCAUGUAUUGCACGGUGAAAAUUCGAUUCGUUAAAACACAAAUUCAAAAGAGUGGUGAGUACGUAUGUGUAUAAAUAUAUGUAUAUGUACGUGUAAUAACUAGCACUGAUCGAUACGUACAUUCUUUCAACCUGCUGUUCUGAGACGUGGGGUCUGGACUACUGCUGAAGGAGGGGGAGCUCAUCAUUAUUUCUGAAAUCUCCAAUCUAAUAUACAUGUGCCAUAAUGUAUUUGUAAUUU